AUGGCAAGGAUGAAGCGAGCUGUUGACGUGAAAGAAACUGCAAAAUUAGAUUUUGAAAAGUUAUGCAGGUGCUUUCCGUCUCACAGGAUUUCAAUAGAUGAUAUUCAUGAGUGGAUGAAGGACGAAUCGACUUUUUUUGGUCGUGAAAUUGAGACUGAAGAAGAAGAUUGGAAAUGCAAGUACGUUAUAUACCUGGUCUUGUACGCUGAUCUUUACCAUCGAUGGAAUGGUUGCACUGAUCCAAGUGAACUGACUCUUCGAUUUAAUCAGAUGAAAAAAAUUGACGAGCAGUUGAAGAUCAUGGAAAGGGAAAACUCAAUUUCUGCAAGCUGGCAAAAUACAGACUCAGAGUACGAAAAUGCAAAACGCGAGGUUGCGUCUAGGAAAGAAAAACGUGUUUUGUCUCGAAUGAGGAAAAAUGUUGCUGAAAGAUGGUUUCUCCUAAAUCUUAAGUCUAAAUAAUGUGGUAACUAUACGUAUCUCAUAAAUGUUCCAUACAA